AUGCUGCGCGGUUUCUCUUGGCAUGGAGACAGUUUCUUGGAUGCCCUUCUUGAUGAGCUCACGGUGAAUCCGUACAGCGACCUCCCCGCGGCGGUUGCGCGUGUGGAGCGUGCGCAGACGGCGGAAUCAAACGUGGAGCUAAUGAAGCAGCGCAGAGUGGAGCAGCAGGAGGAGCAUGCGAUCCGCCUGCGGGACGAGUGGGCAUCAGCGACGAGGGAUCAGAGGGCGGCGCCAAGAGAUGGUUUGGAGGGUUCCACAUCACUGGAGACUCUUGUUCUCAGUUCCUCAACGUACUUGGCCAACCUCACUCGCGCCGCAGAUCGCGAGAGUGUUGUAUCGCUGCCAGGUGCGUCAAGCGCUUUGGAACUGCUUCCCUUACGUGCACCUACAAGACUUGCUGCCGAGGCGUUGUCGCCUCUCACUUCGGCCCUCACUGGUUCGCACGUCGGUGACGAUCACGUGGCGAGUGCGCUGUACAGCGCGUAUGUUCAUCUUCUUCCGUACAUCCUUGCUGUGGCAGCUCCUCCGUCUAGAUGCUCUACUGCAUCCUUCUCCCCUGCCACCUCUUCUACCACCGUAGCAGUCGUCGCAUGCGGUGGGUCCGAGUCGAUGCUGCCAUGGUAUGCGGUGCACACCAGUGACAGCGCUGUCCGUGACCUGCUCUCCCCGUACAUGAGCUCUGUCGUAGGGCAGCUGGAGAAAGAGCUGCGCUUCCACUUUAACGUUGGGUGUGACACGGCAGCUGUGCAUGAGCCGCAGCACUUCUUCUCUUUUUUAAUGGAGUGCUUCCAGCGGCAGCAGCGCAUCGCGGCAGAGCAGUGGGCGCCGUCGGCACUGCAAGGCAGUGAGGUCGAUGCUGCCCUCCGCGUUCUAGAGUCCCUGAGUCAGGUGGUGCUCAGUGCCACAGCUGUAGUCGUGUUCCAGGAGAGUUACGGCUGGCGGCCUUCUUUGGGGUUGUCGCGUCACAAGGACUACGUCGUGGUCACCGUUAACGCCGUGCUGGAUUUUGUAGCGUUCGCGGAGGGGCGCUUGUGCAGAGACGCGGUGCAGCUGCUCGUGGAGUACCUGCUAACGGAGGAAGUGCUCCAGCUGUACACCCAAUGCGGAGCGGACAUGGCGGUGACGGCACUGCGCGAUGGCACUGCGCGUCUGUGGAGGCGGUCGUUCCUGACCGAGGGGGGAUGUCACGCAUCGUUCCCUCUUUACACGUGCGGUUUGCACCUGGUGCGGUCGCUCGAGGCCUUUCAGCGGCGCCUUCUCAAUUCGUUGCUCCUUCUGGAAGGCCCAUGGGCGGAAUUGGUGUGGCGCAGAAGUGUAGAACCGGCGCUUUUGGCCUUUCUCGGUAUUGUGGAGAAAGAGGCGCUCCCUAUGGUGGAAGACGCAGCGGCGGCUUCCUGGGAGUCUGUCCUGUCUCUUCAGUGGUGUGUUGCGAGUGUGCAGGUUGUGGCGGCCGCGGCAGAGGACUGGCUCGGGAUGCUACGGGAAAGCAGCGCUGCCACGGUCAGACGUGCCACCUCAUCCUCUUCCCUCAGUAAGUCAGAGGCACUUGAUAGGCUGAUCCUCUUUCGCGAUCAGCUUUCUCGCUGCUCGGCCGAGCAAGCUCAGCUCCUCACACGGCAGCUCUGCACGCACCAACCCGAGGACGCCGUGCAGGCUGCACGGGUGCUGCACGGUGCCGAAGAGUUACUCAAGCGCAUGGGGACACUGCCCGAUGGUACCUCGACUCGCUAUAUUGUGCAGGAUGUGAUGCGAGGCAUCCUGCAGAAGGAUUUUUCACCGGAGCACAAAGCGGAUUUUCUUUCGUACGCAAAGAGGUGUGGACUUCAGCGCGUUGCUCAGCUACUGGACGCGUGA